AGGCUGAGCCACAGGAGAAAGCAAACCCAAUGUGAUUUAUUGAAUGAAAGCACUGGACAAUUAUCAACAACUUGUUCCUCUGCUGACUCAAAAAACCUCAACUGGAACUGCCAUAUGAAAAUGACCCAACAAAUGCAGAAUUUACAUCUUUCUCAGUCAAAAAAACACAGUGCCCCAUCAUCUCCCAAUGCUGCCAAACGCCUGUACAGGAAUCUGUCUGAGAAACUGAAAGGGAGCCACUCUUCAUUUGAUGAGGCCUAUUUCAGAACAAGAACUGAUCGGCUGAGUCUCAGAAAGACCUCAGUGAAUUUCCAGGGCAAUGAAGCCAUGUUUGAGGCAGUCGAACAGCAGGACAUUGAUGCUGUGCAGAUCCUCCUGUAUCAGUAUACAGCAGAAGAACUAGAUCUCAACACACCUAACAGUGAGGGGCUGACCCCCCUGGAUAUUGCCAUCAUGACUAACAAUGUGCCCAUCGCUAGGAUUCUUCUGAGGACAGGGGCCCAAGAAAGUCCACACUUUGUCAGCCUGGAAAGCCGAGCAAUGCAUCUCAAUACACUAGUCCAGGAAGCCCAGGAGAGAGUGAGUGAACUGUCUGCUCAGGUGGAGAAUGAAGGGUUCACUCUGGACAACACAGAGAAGGAGAAACAGCUGAAAGCUUGGGAGUGGAAGUAUCGGCUUUAUAGACGUAUGAAAACAGGCUUCGAACAUGCCCGAGCCCCUGAGGUGCCCACCAAUGUCUGCCUCAUGGUAACCAGCAGCACAUCCCUCACUGUCACCUUCCAAGAGCCUCUUAGCAUUAACGCAGCUGUUGUGACCAGGUACAAAGUGGAAUGGAGCACGUCUAAAGACUUUUCUCCACUGGCUGGAGAACUUGUCAUGGAUAACCUGCAGACCCUAAGAUGCACGAUCACAGGACUGACAAUGGGCCAACAGUACUUUGUUCAAGUCUCAGCUUACAACAUGAAAGGAUGGGGACCUGCUCAGACCACGACACCGGCAUAUGCCUCUCCUUCUAACUGGAAAGACUAUGACGACAGAGAGCCCAGACACAAGGGACAGAGCGAAGUUUUGGAAGGUCUGCUACAGCAGGUCCGAGCCCUUCAUCAGCAUUUCAGUUGCCGGGAAAGUUCAAAAUUACAAACCACAGGCCGCAAGCAAUCAGUCUCAAGGAGCCUGAAACACCUAUUCCAUUCCUCAAACAAGUUUGUGAAGACUUUAAAACGAGGACUCUACAUAGCUGUUUUAUUUUAUUACAAAGACAAUAUGUUGGUCACCAAUGAAGAUCAAAUACCGAUUGUUGAAAUAGAUGACUCUCACACCAGUUCCAUUACACAAGAUUUUCUGUGGUUCACAAAGCUGUCUUGUAUGUGGGAAGACAUAAGGUGGUUAAGGCAAAGCGUACCUAUCUCCAUGUCCUCAUCCACAGUGCUGCAAACUAGGCAGAAGAUGCUCGCAGCAACAGUCCAGCUACAGAACUUGCUGGGAACACACAACCUGGGAAGAGUUUACUAUGAGCCCAUUAAAGAUCGGCAUGGAAACACACUCAUAGUCACCAUCAGAGAGGUGGAGAUGCUUUAUUCAUUCUUCAAUGGCAAAUGGAUGCAGAUCUCCAAGCUGCAAAGCCAGAGAAAAUCUCUGUCAACACCAGAAGAGCCAACGGCCUUAGACAUUUUACUAAUAACUGUACAGGACAUUCUCUUCUAUCACAAAAGGAGUCAUCAGCGUCUCUCCCCUGGAUUAUAUCUGGGUUACCUAAAGCUAUGCAGCUCUGUGGAUCAGAUCAAAGUUCUCGUCACCCAAAAGUUACCCAACAUUCUCUGUCACAUGAAGAUCCGUGAAAACAAUAACAUCUCCAAAGAGGAGUGGGAAUGGAUCCAAAAGCUUUCUGGCUCUGAAGCUAUGGAAAGUGUGGAUCAUACUUCUGACUGCCCCAUGCAAUUGUUCUUCUACGAGCUCCAGAUGGCAGUGAAAGCUCUCCUUAAACAGAUCAAUAUACCUCUACACCAGGCAAGGAACUUCCGCCUCUACACACAGGAGGUGUUGGAAAUGGGUCACAAUGUGUCCUUUCUUCUCCUGCUCCCUGCCUCAGACGACGUCUGUACAGCCCCAGGACAGAAUAAUCCUUACACCCCACACUCAGGGUUUCUUAACCUCCCUCUUCAGAUGUUUGAACUUGUUCAUUUUUGCAGCUACAGGGAGAAAUUUAUUGGUCUGUAUUGCCGCCUUUCUGCUGUUGUUGAGCUGGAUUCUCUGAAUACUCAACAGUCCCUAAGGGAGGCGAUCUCAGACAGCGAGGUGGCCGCUGCCAAGCAAAGACACCAGCAAGUCUUAGACUUCAUGCAGCAAAUAGAUGAAGUGUGGCGUGAAAUGAGAUGGAUCAUGGAUGCUCUGCAGUAUGCAAGAUACAAACAGCCAGUUUCUGGCCUGCCCAUCACUAAGCUGAUAGACCCCUCAAAUGAGCAGAACCUAAAAAAGAUCAAUUCUACAUCAUCACAUAUAGACUGUCUUCCAUCACCAUCACCAUCCCCAGAGAUGCACAGAAGAAAGGCAAUGAGUGAUUCACAGCCCUGUUCUGAUGAAGAAGGCUGCUCGGAAGUUUUCCUCCCCACUGACAGCGACUACGACUCCAGUGACGCCCUGAGCCCCAGGGACCUGGACCUGGUCUACCUGUCCUCGCACGACAUCGCCCAACAGGCCUUCAGUGGCCUAAGCGGCAGUGCUCCCGACGUCCUACAGGUGCACGACAUGAAGACGCCGGCGAGGCUGGGCGAUGACACCCAGAGCCAGGUCCGCGGCCCAGAUCCCGACCACGCGUGCACCGAAGUCCUCCACGGUCUGAGCCUCACUGGCUUCAUGCCCAAGAAUUGCGCCAAGAUGGCGCCGAGUGCGCGGCCACCGCUAGGCUUUCUGGGAAAGCGGAAGCCGGGCAAGCACCAGCACUACAGUGGCUUCAGCCGCCAACACCGCUGGCUGCGCAUGCACAGCGAGACUCAGUCGCUAUCGCUCUCCGAGGGCGUGUACACACAGCACCUGUCGCGAGCCUGCGGGGAGGCCGAGCAGCCCGGACCUGCCCUCGAUGGGCCCCGAGGCCUGGCUCUGGCCCACGCAGCUAGCUUCCCUGAGGAAAGGAAGAGCAGCCUCCUGGACGCGAGGCCUUCCAUCCGCAGCAUCUACGUGGAGCCCUACCCCACAGCCCUGGCUGGUCAGGACGCAAAGCCGUGGGCCAGCUUGAGCCCGCCCCCUGGAGGCCGCGGCGGCUUGCCCAGUCCCACGGGCCGGGAGAUGGGCGGGGAGAGCCCCACCAGCACCCCAGUGUCGGAAAUCCUCAGCAGCAUGCUGUAG